ACAGACGCGCUUUAUUUUGAUUGCAUAGUUUUUUUAUGAUUCACAAUUAAUUUCCAACAGGAUGCCAACGGAGUUAUGCUAAUCAUGCGCAUUUAGUUGGAAAUAAAAACCGUUUAAUUAAACAAAAACAGCUCAUAGCGGCGGCUAACUGUUGUUAAAUUCCUGCAAAAUGCGAAAUCCAGAUUACAACGCAAAUCCUGUCCGGUCGCGCGGUCGUGCGGUUGGCCCGACAAUUGAACUUGGAACACAUGAGUGGAACUUGGAAGUUGGAAGGCAAGCAGUCUCGCGGAAGCAGUCACGGGGGGCGGACGCUUUGUUGCUCGUCUCCACGCCGCUCACAACAAACCCUAGAAAGGAUACGCGUGUUUAUUUUGGGCACGAAGUUUUGUUCGCUUUUGGAUGUUUGCCGUGGUCUCGCUUCGUUACGUAAAUCGUGGGAAGUGCUUCGGAACGGAAUCUGUAUUUACCAUAAAAAGCUCGCAUAAUAAAAUUGUUAGGGAUGUGAACGUACAGCGGUCAAUGCGAGUCGAUAACUUUAUCUAUACAGCGUGCACCACAUGGAUCGUAACCCCGUUUCAGAGAUACGGGCAUGGUGACUAUUUACACGAUAAAUAAUCUCUCAUGUGUGUUUGUUCAUAAAUAUAUGACAGUGAUAGAGUGAUCUGUGCGGUCUGUGUAAGCGUUGCUGAAGCGGAGGUAUUGAAUAUCGCAGCAUUCUUCGAUAAACUUGCAUUAUUGGAACGAGGCGUACAAAGUUUUGGAUUGUUGUGUUUGUUUGAAUCGAACAAUGCAUCUAAGAAGGUAACGAUGCAAGUCCCUCAUGGACAGUGAGGGAAGACUGGUGUUCUGGAAGAGUGGCGUGUGGGAGGGAGGAGCACCCACUCUCAGCUGCAACACCUGCAAGAAACGACGCGCAGACAGAAUGAGCGCCAAUGAAAGGCCGCAGGGCGAAAUGACGUCAAAUCAUAAGGCGGUUUGGGUCACAGAUGUCCCAUGCGGCGAACUAAAGAAGUUAUCAGAGGAGAGUCUCACGCGGCAACCUGAAGAGGUGUUCGAUAUAAUAUGCAAGCUCGGCGAAGGCUCAUAUGGCAGCGUUUACAAGGCGUUACACAAGGAGAGCGGCCAGGUGCUCGCGAUCAAGCAGGUGCCUGUGGACACGGACCUGCAGGAGAUCAUCAAGGAGAUCUCCAUAAUGCAGCAGUGCGACAGCCCGUACGUCGUCAAGUACUAUGGUAGUUACUUCAAGAACACAGAUCUUUGGAUCGUAAUGGAGUACUGCGGCGCUGGUUCCGUGUCCGACAUAAUGAGGCUACGCAAGAAAACGUUGUCCGAAGACGAAAUAGCGACGAUAUUGUGCGACACGCUCAAGGGGCUCGAGUAUCUGCACCGGCGGCGGAAGAUCCACCGGGACAUCAAGGCCGGAAACAUUUUGCUCAACACCGAGGGUCACGCUAAACUGGCCGACUUCGGCGUCGCUGGACAGCUUACAGACACAAUGGCGAAGCGGAACACGGUAAUCGGCACGCCGUUCUGGAUGGCGCCCGAGGUGAUCCAGGAGAUCGGGUACGACUGCGUGGCGGACAUCUGGUCGCUCGGCAUCACCGCGCUCGAGAUGGCCGAGGGGAAGCCGCCCUACGGCGACAUACACCCGAUGCGAGCCAUCUUCAUGAUACCCACCAAACCGCCGCCUUCCUUCAGAGAGCCGGACCAGUGGUCGCCGGAGUUCAUCGACUUCGUGAGCCAGUGCCUCGUGAAGAACCCCGACGAGCGCGCCACCGCAGAGUUCCUCCUCACGCACGAGUUCAUAGGUGAUGCACUUCGUAACGCGAAGCACCCGAGUAUACUGAGCACCAUGAUAGCGGAGGCGCGCGAGAUACGAGAGAGUCAGGCGUACCGGAACUCGCAGCAGCAGCAGACCAACAACGCCAAGACCUUCGCCGGGGGCGAGGGCUACUCCGAGGCGACGAUGCGGCAGCGGUCUGACGGCACGCUGGUGCCGUCCGACCUGGCCGCCGACCUCGGCACCAUGGUCAUCAACGAACCAGACGCUGAUCUCGCUACCAUGAAGCGCCACGACACCGACCCAAUGGACACGAACAGGCCCAAGUACCGGCCGUUGUUCCUGGAGCACUUCGAGAAGAAAGACGUCAACCAUCUCAACAUCGGCGCGCCCACCAACGGCACCCUCACCGGACACAACAUCCGACUACCCACGGACGACAAUCUCACUGCGGAGGGCGGCGGCGAGGGCGCGCUGUCGUUCCAGCGCGCGUUCGUGGAGGAGGGCAACUUCGAAUUCGUAAGUCAACUGCACGUCGUCACUCUGCUAGCGCUGCGCGGCACCGCGCCUGGCGUUCCUGUCGGAGGCGGAGCUGGAGAGUCGCGUGGCGCGGCUGGACGCGGAGAUGGAGGCGGAGAUCGAGCUGCUGCGGACGCGGUACGCGCGCAAGCGCCAGCCCAUCCUCGACGCCAUGCACCUCAAGCGCAAGCGCCAGCAGAACUUCUAGCAAGCCCGCCAUAACGACGGUACGUGCAUCACCUCUGCUGUCUCGCUCCCGCGCCGCGCCGCCGGUGUGUUCGCGUGCGUCUCGUUCUGUCUCUUUCCCGCGCGGGACGCGUUCGGAUAACUACCGCCCGUGUGAGAACUUUGUGCUCAUGUAUGUGAAGUGUAAAAAUGCCUAUUUUUGUAAUGACAAACCCCAAGCGUCGUCGUUUUGUCGUACAAUGCGGCCUAUUUACGUCGUUUAAGCGUAUUUUCUUGACACGUAUAAGGUACAAUUAACAGUAAAAUCAAAAUUAUAACGUAUGGUGGAAAAUUAUAAUGAAAUUUCUGUAUAAUGUAACUAAAAAUUUUUUCAAAGCUUUCAUUUGUGCUGACUGCAUUAAAAUAGAGACUUAUUGUCUCUUUCUUCAUGACAUUUGAUGAUAGUAUAUCAAAUGUAUGUCAGCAGUAAUUUUCCAAGAUCAUGGCCAAAUUUUUUUUGCGGAUAUAUUUUAAAGAAAUUUAGUGUGUUGCCAAAUCUCAUGUUGCGGCUAAAUUAAUGGUGCUUUUCAUAGCAAGGGUGCCAAAAAUCUGAUGGUUUCUAAAAAUGAUCAUUUGUUUCAAAUCAAUUUGAUUGUCUUUUGACCAUUUUAUUUUUAUUUUAAGGUGGUAGCUCAAGGUCCAUUUUCAUACAUUUUGUUUCGGCUUUAAUCUGGG